AUGAGUAAAUCCAUUAAUGAUGCUGCAAGUCAUGUCGUAAAUGAUAGUGACAGCCAAUUUUUUAAAUUUAUGCAGGAACCGAAACCAUGUGAAAAUAAUAAUAUGAAUGAUUUCGUCUUGUCAGAAAAUCGUAAAGAGGUUGUUACGAUGCAAGAUACUUCGAUGGAAAUGUUCGAUGAUGACGAUUUUGAUAAUGUACCUGAAUCGCAACAAAACGAAGACAACCAGUAUCAAUCUCUUAUGGAUAUUACAUCGCCUGUGAUAAACCAGAAUUCAAUUCUUCUCUACACUUCCUCACCGAUUAAAUCACCAGAAAUUCCGGCCCCUGAAAAUGCUGAUUCUGAUCAUCAGGAGAGUGAUGAUUUUGAUAACCGAAACAGAAUCAUUGUUUUGGACUCUGAUGACGAUAGUUCUCAUCGUCAGGUUAAUGGUGGUUCAAAUAGUGUUGGAUUCAUCGGUGAUUCGGACUCUGAUGGUGAUGCUUCUCCUCAUCAGAGGUAUGGCGAUUUAAACAAUGUCGGAUUCGGAAGAGAUUCGGGCUCUGAUGACGAUGCUCCUCGUCAUCCGAGAAAUGUCGGAUUCAGAAGAGAUUCGGGCUCUGAUGACGAUGAUCCUCGUCAUCCGAGAAAUGUUGGUGUAAAUAAUGGAGAACAAACCGAUGAUCAACGACAAUCACUAGCAACACAUCAACCACUCGUUAAUUUUUUCGAAAAUUUAUGGCCCGAAGCCGGCCCUUCAACUUCUAACAAUACGGAAGCUUCCGUAAACGUGACUCAAAUAAAGACUUGUUUGAAAGAGUUUGGUGGAGAGAUGAUAAAAACAAUUGUGCAAAUGCAAAAUCCUCAGAAAAUCUCUGAAGAAUUUGAGUUACCACCAGUUCAAAAUGGCAAGAUCAGAAUUUUAGGAUCAGAACUCGAUGCAGACGAAGUUUUUAAAGCUAAAGAUGUUAUUUGUAUGACACAUUGCGUAAAUCAUAUAACCCGAGCAUAUUGGUCAUCAGAGAAAAGAAAAAAGCUUGCGUUAUCUUCACGAGAGGGACAAACAUCCAACAGGAAAACAAUUAAAAACGAGGAUAUAGAACAAAUUAAAAAAAUAUGCAAAUUAAUUCAAAAGGAUCGAAAGUUCGAUAAAAAUUUAAAGAAAACAAUUUAAAAAAUGCUAGAAAUUGGAUAGAAGAAGUGUUAAAACAUACCCGCAGACCACCGUUAACAUCUGAACAAAAAGCAAGAUACAGGCAAAAGGGAAAAGAAAGGCGAGAAGCGAAGAAAAACAAAGAACGUGAACGUCAGCGCCUGCUUCAAAGACAGGGUAGACAGGAGAACACCCCUGAUUAAUAUUAAUAUUAAAAAAAUAUUAUUUUAACUUUUUAUUAUUUUUUAUUUUGUAACGGGGUGGAAUCCUUCCACAUUACAUUUUAAAUUAAAUUUCGACUCGCGCCAAAAGAUCCGCCCUCCUUCUUCAACAACUGUCAACAACUGAAGAAAACACAGUCACUGAAGCGCCGAGGUCGCUACGGUCGAGUCCCGACUUUUGGUUUUAGGGGUUGGCCAACCUGAGUGGAGAGGUACGAGGGCCAGAGACGAGGAGCGAUCGGUCUCUUGGCUCGCAGCAACCGCCGUGGACGGACGUGCCUUGCUAAAACUACCACUAACAUCUUGGUUUCCACAAGUUUCUAUCUACUACUACUACUACUACACGUGCUGCGAUUUGCUGCUGCAAUUUAAUUAAUCACAACCUUCCUGAUAAGUUAGGUAUAAGAAUUCUCUCUUCAUAUUUAAUACUGUGUGGUCCAGUAAGGGGCUUAUCCUCACCUGGAGAUACUGAGUUCAGCUAGACAGGUUUGCAAGACACCUUAAGUUUUGCACAUGUGUGGGACACUUAUUGUAUCGAGACCACAAAUUCAAUUUAUAUAAUCAGUGCACCCAUUACAAUUUAAAACGUUUAUAUUUUAUGUGUCUUAACAGUUCAAUCUUAAGAUAUUUUUAUAAGAUGAAAAAUAAGAUUAAUAAAGUGUUUAAUUGAAUAGUAAUGAUCUGGUU